GCCUGUUGCCCUUCCCACUCGGGCCUUGCCCCUUAGCCAAUCUGGUAGACUCGCUCAGCGUCCACCACUCAGGCCCCUUGUGGUCCAGCCUUUCAUAUACCCCUUCAAUCAACCGUCUGGGACGCAGUGACCCUACGAGGCAAUGGCUUCAGCAGAAACAGAGAGGCUGCCAGGAUCCCAGGAGGGGACGUCUGUGGGGUUGCCACAGCUUGCAGAGGCAACUGUUGGCCAAGCUCAGAGUUCUGAGUGUCCUGUGACGGGAGACUUGUGCUUGGUGCCAGCCCAUGAAGCCUGCUGGCCCCAGAGUGAAGAUAAGUGUCCUUCAGGAUCAGUAUCAGAGCCAGAGCUCCAGGAUGGAAGACUCAAGUCAGAAGAGGAGAGUGUCAAGCCAGAGGUGGAGGCACCUGAGGAGAGAGGUUCCAGGCCUGCAGCCUCUGUUGUUAGGCCCAGUCAUGGUCCAAAGAGGAAGCCAGCUAAUCUCCCAGGGCCUAUCCACCAAGCCCACUCUCGGGCUGAAGCAGACCUACCACUGAGGAAGGAGGAACCAGAAGGUAGCCAGAGUGAGCCAUCACCAUCCACCAAGCACAAAAAAGCCAAGAAGCGUAAGAAUCUGGGCACCCCGGUACUCUCAGCUGUAACCAGCACAGUUUCCACACCACCAGACACCUUGGGGCUAGAGCGAAAGGUCCAGCGCUUACGGCCUCUGUACCAGUACAUCAACUACUUGAACCCUGAGCUGAACCAGACAGAAGAGGUAAAUGGAGAAGCUGAGGCUGAAGUGGAACCUGAGUCAGAGGUGGCUCUGGCCCCUGAGGCAGGUGUGGAGCAACUGCAGGCUUUACUGCCUGUUGUAGGUGAGCUGGGCCCAGGCCUUGCUUUACCCUGUGCCAGUACAAUUGUGUCCCCCACCCAAAUUCUGGUUCCCCCAGGAGAGGAGUCUGGGGGGUUGCCCAACUUGGGGGUCAGUGGCUGCCUCAAGGCUGAGGUGGAUAAGUCAACACAGGUAGACAUCAACAAAAUGCUGAGUGUCUGUGCUGCCCCACUUGUACCCCCACUCUCUCCUCAGUACAAGUGACUGUCCAGUCCUAGUGCUGGCUCCCCUCCUCCCAAACCUGAAGCAGAACAGCAGGCUGUGGACCUAAGCCCUCAGGUGGAGGAGGGAAAUGGGUCCCCUCCCCUACUUGAGAUUCUGAACUUGUUAAAAAUAAAAUGUUUUUCCUUU